AUGGAAAGUUCCCAAAAAGAAAACUUUAUUCCUUAUCCUUGCCAAGAUUGGUUAGGAAUUACCCUAGAAUUAAUUCAAAAAUUUGUUAGGAAGUUAGAAAUUGAAGGUCCUUUUAUUCCGGAAGGUCGCAAAGACGAUAAAGAAUUCUUUAAAUAUGAGCCAGCCUGA